CGCAUGCGCACCAUGAACGGGCGGAAAUUCAAAGUUGAACCAAUUUAAUAUAAAGGAUGUGUAUUAAAACCUAUGUUUAAGACACUAGGUCCCAGCAAUAAAGAGACAAGAUGAGCUGGGCCGCUGAUGAAUGGAAGGUGGACCUGUCCCACCAGGCACGGCAGAAGGUGGAGCAGCUAGAGGGACAGCUCAAUCGCCUCAAGAAGGAAGCAGAGAUGAAACAGUUCAAGAUGGACAGCAUGGAACAGGUUAUACAAAAGGAGAAGCGACGUGCAGAAGAUGAACGUUCUGAACAGUCCGCACUUAAGCGUGAGGUCCAGUCAUUGUCAGAGGCCUGUCAGGAUGUGGAACAGAAAAGACAAAAACUUGCCACUGACUUACACAGCAAGGACAGCCACAUUAACGCUCUCAAUGGGCAAAUAGCCCACCUCAAGAAACAGCUGGAAGCUGAUAAUGCCAAGGUAUCCCAAAUGCAGGCAAGCAUAGAACGUUUUGAAAUGGAGCAGAUGGGGCAAGGAGACAAGUAUGAAAAACUUGUUGCAGACCAUGAGAAACUGAAGCAGCUGAACCAGCACCAGACAAAAGACGCAUCAGCACUGAGAUCUGAAUGUAACACACUGAAGCAUAAGGUCUCAGAGCUUGAAGGUCAAAUCCAUACAAUGCAGGCAGACAAUGAGGAUAUGAAGAUAAAUUUGAAAGAAAAAGGGUCCGUGAAAGAGGCUGAUUACAAGCACGUGUCUGAGCAACUAAAACUUGAGAAGGAAAAUAUGAAGAUUAUGGAGAAAAAGAUGAGUGAUGAGGUUAAAACACUGAAGGAUUUGCUUGAAAAGAAGGAAAGAGAGUAUUAUAAGUUUGAAGCAGAUAUGAAGGCUAAGGAUGAGAAGACAGCAACUAUGAUGAAAGCCAUAAGUAUUGAGGUGCAGAAUCUUAAAGAUUCAAACAGUAAAAAGGCAGCUCAGGAAACUCAAAGCAAAGCCAAGCUUGAAAUGGAGAUUGGUGAGUUAAAAAGUCUGGUUGGCGAAAAAGAUCAAGAAAAUGCCAAACAGGCCAAAGAUAUAAAAUUCUUGAGGGAUUCUUUGACUAAUGCACAAACAUUAUCAGAAUCAAUGAAAACUGAUUUAAAGAACAAGGACUCUGUAAUUGCACAGUCUAAAGAAUCAAUUAAUAAAAUUCAGAAAGAUUUGGACAAACAAACAGAAGACGGAAAUGAUAAAGUAAAGAAUCUUGACAAAAGAAUCAAAGCAUUAACAACUGAACUCGAGAAUGUUAAGGAUGGUAAGAAGAACUCUGAAGCUGUUCUUGCAAAACGAGAGAGAGAAUUGAAAGAUUGCGAAGCUGAAAAGAAAAAUGUGGAGUUAGAGAGAGACACCCUGGAAAAGAAGCUUACCGGUCUUGAAAAAACAAAAGAUCAGCUUGUAACAGCGCUUGGUGCUUUGAAACAAGAAACCGAAAGACUAUUGAACUUAAAUGGAUCUUUUAAGCAAGAAAUAGAGCAGUUGAAAAAUACAUGUGCUGAAAAGGAACGUGAAAUUUCAAACUUGAAGAAUGAAAUGGAUCAUAGAAAUAAUAAUAUUGAAAAGAUGCAAAUAGAUUUGGAAAAGGCAAAGUCAGGCCAACACGCAACUGAGGAAGACAACAGAAAUCUGAAAAGUGAGUUGGAUCAUGUAAAAACCAAGCAUGAGAAUGAGAGCAAAGAUCUGAAAAACGAAUUAAACAAACUUGAGAAAAAGCAUGAGAUGCUCAUGGGUGACUUUGAAAAGGUUACAGAAGAAAAAAAGGCACUAGCUGAGCAAGUAAUGGAUACAAAUGCAAAGAUCAAUGAAAUGCAGUGUCAAAUUGAAAAGGCCGAUCAGGAGAAAAAUGAGCUGUCAGAAGCAGUGGAAAAAACAUCAAAGGACAAAAAUGAUCUAGUUAAUCAGAUCACUCAACUGACCGAAACACUAAGUGAAGUAUCCAAUGAGAGACUGGGUUUGAAUAAAAAGGUAGAAGAAACCUCCUUUGCAUUAGAAACUGCACAGUCCUGUUUGAAGGAAAAUGAGGAAAAGCUAAAAACCUUUGAAGAUGAAUGUCUCAGUACCAAAGAUGACUUAAACAGCAUCAGAAAAGAAAAAGAAAAUCUCGAAAUCCAAAAUAAAAGUAAACAAGAAGAAAUUGAUGAUUUACAGGAGCAACAAAAGAAAUUGAAUGACCAGCUUGUAGGUGAAAGCAACAGAAUGAUGCAACUUACAGAGGACAUAAAGAAACUGAAAGAUGAACUUUCUAUUAAACAAACAGUCGAAUCAGAACUGCAAGCAGAGCUUAACACGGUGAAAGAAUCAUUGAAUGGUGAACUAAGCGAAUGCCAAAAACAAGUUAGUGAAUUAAAAGAAGAGCUAUCGCACAAAGCAGAAAAUGUGCAGAAAAUUGAAGGGACAUUGUCAAGUUUAAUGCAAGAAAAGUCUGAUGUUGAAGUCAGCAAUAAAACACUAGAAACUAAGGUUGAAGAGCUAACAUUUUCCAUGGAUGAUUUAAAAUCCAAAGAACAACACCAGAAAGAAUUGAUCAGUGGAUUUGAAGAAGAAAUUAGGCAAUUUAAAGAUAUGAUCAAUAAAACUGAGAUGGAAAUGUCUGCAAAUAUUGCCAAGAAAACUCAAGAAGUUGAGGAGCUGAAAAAUGUGUGCGAGUCAAAGGACAAUGAUAUUGAGAAGUUGCAAGCUGAUGUUUCAGCAAAACAGGUUACUGUUGAACAAUUAGAGGUAAAGCUUGAUAAUGUCUCUAAAUAUUCAUCAGAGUUAGACAUGAAAAUUGCGGAAUCAGAGAAAGAACUUGAGGCAGUCAAGUUUGCUUAUGAAGAAAUUGUUAAAGAAAGAAGUCAAUUGCAAGCAAAAAUUGUUGAGCUUGAAGCAUUAAAUACAGAGCAAAAGGAUAAACUUGAUGAUUUGGCGCAUGAAAAGGAAUUUGCUUGCGUUGCACUAAAACAAAACAUAGAAGAGAUGCAGAACAUUGCAGAAGGAAAGGAUCAUGAAAUAAAGACACUCAAGGAUGAAGUUAAUCACAAGGUUAAAGAAACAGAGCGACUAGAUCAAGAUCUUCAGAGUGUUACCUCAGAAAGGGAAGAAAACCAGCUCAAAAUUUCUGCAAUACAGGCUGAAUGUGAAGAGACCAAAUUUGCCUUCUCAGAAAUGCAAACAAAGUUUGAAAGUAUAACUACAGAACAUGAAAAGUUGGCUUCUGAAUGCCAACAAUUGAAAGACAACAUAAGUGAUAGUAACAUGGAGUACUCUGUGAAUCUUGCAACUCUGAAGCAAGAAGUCUCUCAAGCUGUUAAUGUAAAUGAGGAAAAAAACAAAAGAAUUACAGAACUUACUAAUGAGUUGAGUCAUAAAGAUGAAGAACUGUCUUUAAGGUUAAAACAGCUGGAAGAAAUCACCACUGAAAAAGAAAUUCUUUCAACAGAAGUAAUUGAACUUAAAAAAGAAGCAGAAUCAGUGAAUUUGUCUCUAAAAGAAACACAGAUGGCUGAAGAGAAGCUGAGUGCAAGUGAAGUGGAAUUAAAUCAGAUUAUCAGGGAAUUGAAAGACCAACAGGCCGAACAUACAUUGGCUGAAUCAUCAUACACUGCAGAACUAUCUCAAAAGAUUUGUGAACUUGAAAAUAUGGUGUCUGGUAAGGAUUCGGAGAUAAAUGGUCUUAGAGAUGAAGUUUCGCAUCUGGCGAUAAACCUUGAAAAGGUAAAUAAAGUUUGCGAAGAAACAGUCUCACAGAAAAACGAUUCUGAUGAAAUGAUGAAUGGGUUGAAUAAGAAAAUUGAGGAAAUCAGUUUUACACUUGAAAAUACAAAGGCUACCGAAGAAAAGGCAUUGGAGCAAGUGUCUGUUUUGUCGAAAGAAAUUGAAGCAUUGAAAGAUGAAAUCAGUGACCUAUCUGUUGAGACGUCAGUGACUAUAGCUAAGCUUAAGCAAGAUCUCACUGGGGCUUCUAAUUGUUUGGAAGGCAGAGAUGAAACCAUUAAAGAAUUGCAGUUGGAAGUUGAUCACCAAAAGGCAGAUUUAGAAAAGAGAGAGUGUGCAUUGAAUAGCAUAAAACAAGAAAAGGAAGACCUAGAAUUGAAAUUAAAUGAAGUACAGACUUGUCUUGAAGAGACAAAAUUCACUUUAUCAGACAUAACCUUGUCAAAGUCAGAAUUUGAAAAACAGGUGUGUAGUUUGACAGAAGAAAUUUCUCAGUUGAAAGAUGACUUGAGUGACCAAGCCAUGGAAGAAUCCGUUAGACAAGCAACAUUGAAACAAACAAAUGAAGAAUUGAAAAACAUUAUUCAAGGGCGAGAAGAAGAGAUUAAAGCAUGCCAUGAAGAAACACAGCACAAACAAGAAAAGCUUGAUUCAGUUCUGCUUCAACUUAAUGAUUAUUCUGCAAAGAAUACUAAUGCUGAGUUGCAUGUUUCAAAGCUUGAGGGAGAGCUACUGAAUUUCAAAACAUUAAUUGAUGAAUUGCAAGAAACUGACAAAAAUCGCCAACUUAAACUAGCAAAAUUAAAUGAGUCAUUAACCACUCUUCAAGACAGUUAUCAUCAAGUGAAAUCUGAAAGGGACAAUCUUGAAGGAAUGUAUGAAACAACUCAGAAUGAAUUACAGAAUAUUACAAGUGGUAAAGAGGAAGAAGUUUCCAAUCUUAGGACAGAAUUGUCACAUGUGAGUAAGAAGUAUGACGAAAGUGUCAGCCAAUUAGAAAAGUUUCAGAAUGAUUAUCAAACAGCAGCACUGAAAAUUAAUGAGCAGAAGGACAAUAUUGAGUCAAUGGAGUUCAAACUCCAUGAAUGUGAAAAAGAUAUUGCAGAAAAAUCUGCUUGUGUGAUAAGUUUACAAACAGAAAUUAAAUCACUAAAAGAUGAACUUCACACUAUGUCUGUAAGUGAGACGGCAAACAAAACAAAAUUGACACAGGAAAAUGAAGAGCUGAACAAUUUAGUUGAAGGUCACAAGGAAGAAAUUGAAAAACUGCAUCAAGAACUAACACAUGUGAAUCUUGAACUGGAAGAUGAAAGAGAGAAACUGAAAGUCAUGGAAAAUAACAUUGAAAAGUAUGAGACAGAAUUGAUUGAAAACAAACAAAGGUGUGAAGAACUGGAAAACAUUAAAAUGUGCAUGGAAAAAGAAAUGUGUGAUGUGAGAGAAGAGCUUAGUCAUGCCAAUGAAAGAAUACUGGUUAUAACAAGUGCUUUGGAAGUUUGUGAACAGCAGAGAAAUGAAUUACAGUCUGAAAUCACCAGUAAAACAUCAGAACUAGAACUUGGAGAAAGGAAAAUUGAGGAACUUCAAGACAUGUAUAAUGAUCAACAACGGAAGAUGGUGGACAUUGUAAGUGAAUCAAACAGUCUUAAGGAUAAAAUAAAUGUUAUUUCUGGUGAUGGAGCUACAAUGUCUGCCAAAUUAAGUCAGGAAAUUGAAGGAUUAAAAAAUACAAUGGAAGGAAUGAAAGAAAUAGAAAAUACAUUGUUGUUGGAAAAUGAAAAAUUAAAAGAAAACAUUGAACGAUAUGAAAAUGAACUUCGGGAAAUGGCAAAUUCAAAAACAGAGCUGUUAGGUAAGCUGUCAAGUGAGAAGAAUGAAAUGGAAGAAUUAAAACAUUGUUUUGAAGUGGUACAACAAUCAGAAAAAGAGUGUGCAAGAAAAACCGAGAAAUUGGAAAAAGAACUGGUUGCAUUAAAAGAUGAACUCAGCGAUAAUCAAGUUGAAGAGUCGAUGCGAACAGCAGAGAUGAAACAAGACAUUAGUGAAAAGGAAAAUAUUAUAGACAGUCUUGAGAAACAAGUACAGUCAUUGAGAGAAGAAAUUGGCAAUGUUACUUUAUCACUUGAAAAAAGGAGUGCUGAUCUAGAAGAAGUCGUAAAGGAAAGAGAUUCCAUUAAUGUCAAAUUAACUGAAGUAACAAAUAGUAAAGAUGAGGUUGUCUUUGAAUUGAGUGAAGAAAAAAAGAAGAAUGAAGAGCAUUCUGCAUCAAAAGAAAAACUAGAAAAAAACCUUAUUAUUCUAAAGGAGACUUUAAAUGAACAGUCAGUGGAUAUUUCAUCAAGCCAAGCCAAAUACUUAACAGAAUUGGAAGAAAACAAAAAUGUUAUUGAACAUUAUGAAAAGAAAAUUGAAGAGCUCCGUACUGAAAUUGAGCAUGCGAAUGAUAAAAUUAGUGCUCUUGAUGUAUCUAAAGGUCAAUGUUGUAAGCAACUCUGUGAUACCCUUGAGGUCCUCAGAAUAGAAAAAGAAGAGAAAGAUCAGAUUAACUUUGCUAAAGCUGAAAUAGAUUUAAAUAUGUUAGCAGCCCAGAAUAAAAUUGAUGUACUUGAGAAAGAAACAUUGGAGCUGAAAGACAGUUUAACUAAAAGCAUGUCCGAAAAUGAGCUUCUGCAAAGUGAGAUAACUAAUCUCAAAGAGGAAUCAAAUAAUGUCAUUGAAGGAAAGGAUGAAAACUUGAUGAAAUUGAAAUCUACAUUGGAGCGAAUGGAAGAAGAGAAAGAAACUAUCCAGAAAAACCUUGAUGAGGUUCUUGCUAAGCAGAAAGAUGAGACUGCUUCCAAGAUUGAUCUUCAGAAAUCAUUAGAAGAAACAAUAUUUAAGCUUCAGGAAACAGCUAAGGAAUUAGAAAAUAGCAAGAAUGAAGUCAACAUUCUGCAGAAACACAUUCAGGAGUUAAAAGACAAUGUCAGUGAACAAUCACAGAGUAAUGACCAAGAGAAAGCAAGCCUCAACUUGCAGCUUGAAGAAGCAAACAAUGUCUCUAGUGGGACUUUGAAAAAAAUCAGUGAAUUGGAAUCUGAACUUCAGCACAAAACGGAGGAAAAUGAAAAGUUGCAUGCAUGUUUGACUGAAAAAGAUGCAAAAUUCAAAGAACUUGAAAGCGACCUAAUGCAAGCAUCAAGUCACUAUGACGCUUGUAAAUUGGAGAGAGAUCAUUCAGCAGAAAAUGCUGAUAAAGAAGUAAAACAACUUGAAAAGAAGAUAAGUGAGCUGUCAGAUAAACUAGACAUUGAGAGGAAGGAAAAACAGAAUGUGGAGGAUCAGCUGCUUAAGAAGCAAGGCCAGUUGAAAGUAAGCCAGUGUGACUUUGAAGACAUUCAGGAACAAAAUUCAGAAAUGGAUAAGGCAAUUGAACGUUUACAGAAGGAAAAUGGUUUGCUUGAAGAACGUGUUAGUAGCUUGACAGGCAGGCUUACUUCAUUGGAUAUGGAGAAAAUAAGCUUGCAACAAUCGCUUACAGAAAUGAAGAAUAUAAAUAGUGGUCAUGAGAGCAAAAUUGCUGAAUUUGAAGAAAGCCUGAAAACACUACCAUCUAGAUUAGCAGACAGUCAGGAUGAAAGGGAUAAUCUGGAAAAACGCCUGCUUGAUCGUGAAAAUGAACUGUUUUCAUUGAGAGAUAAAUAUACUUCUGUGAAAGUAAAUUUAGAAGAAAAAGUAAGUUGUCUAGAUGUGGAUAUUGAAUCAUUAAAUGAAUCAUUAUCUACCACUAAGAGUGAGUUACAGACAGUGUUAGAUCAGAAACAAAAUAUUGAGAAUGAGUUGGAAGCCCUCCAGAUGCAAGCAAAAGAAUCGUCUGAGACUGUUGAACGUCUUGAAGAACAGAUUGCACAGGUUACAAGUAAUUGCAAUUCUCUUGACGAAGAAAAAACAAAUUUGAUUGAGACUGUUGAUACUUUGAAAAAAGAAAUAAGUGAAUUAAAAAAUGAGCAUCAUCACACAACAAGGGUUUUAGGUGAUAAAGAAAGUGAACUGCAGUCAACACAAGUUUUUACACAGUCUCUUCAAGAACAGCUUGAUCAAGUGGACAAUGAAUAUAAAAAUCUUCAAGAGCGAGUGUAUGUUUUGACCUCAGAGAAAACAGACCUUGAAUCUUCAUUACAACAGUCCAAAGUUGAAAUUGAAAGACUUCAAAUUGAAUUGCAAGAGAAGACUGUAAAACAAACUGAAGAAGUAAGUGAAGCUAUGGGAAAGUAUCAAGAGGUUCAAGAAAAAGUUUUCAGCCAGAGUGACACCUUGAGAAAUAAAGAUCAAGAAAUUGCUCAGUUGGAAGAGGAGCUAAAGGCAAGUUCCAAAGAGCUCCAGCAGGCAAAAAAAGAAAUAGAGACACUUAUUGAAAAGCUUGAUGUCCUUGAAAAUGAGAAAAUUGAUCUUGAAGCAUCAGUUUGUAAUAUGACCAUUAAACUGACUGAAGUUCAAGAAAAACUUGAUGAAACUGCUUCAGAUCAAAAGUUUGAAGAAAAAAAUAAGACUGUGUUAGAAAAUGACAGAGCAAGGUUAAAGGAUGAAUUAGAAGCUUUGACAUCCGAGUUGAAUGAUGUGCGCGAGACACUGAAGUCCAGCGAACAAGAUUUUACUGAAAAUACCAUGGCUGUUGAUGAUCUUACUAGAACAAACACCUCAUUAGAGAAAGACAUUGAAUCUAAGUCAAAAUACAUCACAGAAUUGGAAGACUCUAUACAAGAGAAAGAAGAAGCAAUAAGAACAUUGGAAGAAAAUGUUAGUGAUAACAAGAAGGAAAUCAGCAGUUUAAACGCAGAAAUUGAGACUCUACAAAAUGAACUAUCAAAGUUUGAAGGGGAAUGCUCACAAAGAAGUAAUGAGACUGAUUUACUUGCUGCAGAUUUAAGUGAGGCUAAAGAACAGAUUAAGACUCUGACAAUGGAAAAUGAAACCGCCCUGGAAAGGCUAGGAGUGAUCAAAAUGGAGUGUGAAAAGUACAAGAAAGUGGAAGAAAAUUUGCAAUCUGAAAUAGAAAGUUUGAAGAUGACUUUGACUGUUACCCAGGAUGAAUUGAAUAUUAGUGAAGACAAGAAUAAAGACACACAUGCUAAGGUUGAAAAAUUGCAGGCAGAUGUUGAAACACUUGAAACUAAAUUAAAGAAGAUGGAAUCAGAAAAAGAAGAACUGGAAGGAAUGGUUGAAUACACUAGCAUGGAGAGUUCAGGAAAAGAUGAUGAGAUAAAUGAGUUGAAAGAGAAGCUGAAUAAUGUGGAAGUUAAUAAAGGCAAUGUGACAAAAGAAUUAAAAGAAAAGGAAGAUGAGUGUACAAAACUGAGACAACAACUGGCAGAAACUGAAGACUGUUUGACUGCUGUUCAGACUGAGAAGACACUUCUAGAAAAGGAAAUUUGCAGUGGGCAAACUGAUGCUUUGAAGAAAUCAAGUGAAUGUGAGGAAUUGCAAGACAAAGUUAGGUCAUUGGAAAACGAUUGUGAUAACUUAAAGGACAUGCUGGAAUCAAUGGAAUUUGAGCAUAAAACAUUGGUAGACCAGAAUGAAAUAUUGGAAAAAGAGGUAAAGUCAUUAAAAGACAUUAUUGAAAAGGAAUCAAACAAUAAUUUAAAUGCUGAAAAUAUAUAUGAACAGAACUUGCGCUCAAAUGAGCUGAAAAUUAAAAAUCUUGAAGGGGAAUUGGAAGAAAUGAGAGUGAGGAAUAUUGAAAUCGUAGACAGCUUGAAUAUGGAGCUCAGUGACUUGCAACAGCAGUUGAAUAGACUUACUGAGUCAGAAAGGGAACUCAAUAUAGAAAAGAAGUCUUUGGAAGACCAGAUCCGAUCAAUGAAAGCUACAUACAGUGAAGCUGAUGCUAUCCAGCAAGAUUUUAGGGAUGCCAGGACAGAGCUUGCCAGUCUGACUUCCGUGAGGCUGGAUCUUGAACAGCGUGUAGCCACACAGGAGCGGGAGAAAUCUGACCUAUUGGGGCAGUUCCUGGCCCUCGAGGACAAGCAUUGUGCCCUGCAGAAAGACACAGACACAUGCCGGGCUCAGGUGAAUGAGCUGGAGGGUGAAGUGCAGGCUCACCUGUCAACUGUAAAACAACUAGAGGUUGAACUAAGAGAGGCACAGCAUUCAGCAAGUCAGGCCAGGAAAGAUGCUGGCAACCUUAAGACUGAGAUGAGCGACCUUAAACAGGUGAAUGUAGAGCUAGUGGAAAACUUGACUGCAAUGACCAGUGAGACUGACAGGCUGAGACAGGAGGUGACCGCUCUACAGGCUGUGAACGACCGACUACAAGCAGAUAGAGACAACUUGAUCGCGGUCCAGGGGGAGCUUGACCACUUGAAGGAAAAACUGACCACUUUACAGGACAGGGUGUUGUUGGUGGAGACAGAAAAGUCUGAGCAGAAUGCAGUGCUGCAAGAAUUAAAAAUGGAGUUAAAUGAUAUGAAAACAGACAAUCAACGUUUAAAACAUUUGGAGACUGAGGAAGCGGAAUUAGGUCCCUUGAGGACUCAACUUGAGGCACAAGGAGUGGAGCUGGAGCGUAGGCAACAGGAAGUUGAGAGACUGAAGGGGGAGUUGGAGAAGGCGGGGCAAGUCACGCAGGAGCAGGGUGGGGCACAGGCCGACCAGGAUAUGAAGGCUACCCUAGAGAAGUGGUCGAGCCGGUGCUCUCGUCUGAACAGUCAGCUACAGAUGGAGAAGAAGACUAAUAGUAAACUCCAGGAACAGUUGGCUAAUGUCAGAGCUAGCAUUGCAGAAAAGAUAUCAGAGGCCACAGCGAACCUUCAAGGUGAACUGGCGACUGCACGGUCAGAGGCUGACAGCUACCUAGACAGAUACCACACCCUAACACGGCAGUAUACACAACUUGAAGCCGAGUGUGGGCGCCUAAAGCAGCAAUUACUGUUAUCAGAUGUUAAACCAGUGAUAACACCCAGUGGGCAGGAUUCCACUCCAGUCCCAACUUUGCGACGUACCAGAAGCUCAUCUCGUCAGCGGUCGCUCAUGAAUGCCACUCCAUCACCCUCCCAGACUGACACAGAGACGCCCGAGUCAAGGGCUGUUAAUAUGUGUACCUUUGAGGGAGCAGGGAUUAUGGCUGACAAGGGAUCAACAGAAACUGUUGCCAGUGUUGGUACAGCACCUGUGGCUAAGAGAUUGCGAAGUUCUGACCAGGGAGUUGACAGCCUUGUCACUAAAUUGGUUGUAGAAGAAGAAAAAACUCCAAAGAGGAAAAGUCCCCAUAGUCUGUCAAGGUCCAAAAACAAGGCAGAGAAAAGCCAUGUAGUGACCCCUGACCAAAAAGACAGUACCAAAGUUGACAGUCUGGUCACACAAACAUCGAGUUCAGCAUUGAUAACAAUGUUUAGCAGGUCUGCUGAAGCAGACAAUGAGAGCUUGGAGGUAGUUAAAAGUGCCAUUAAAACUGAAAAUGAAAACAGUGAGUCACAGUCAGAUAGUGCCAAUUCUACUAAAAGCAAUGUCACAGAUAGGAGUAUGUCUCCAGUUCUCAGCAAACGUAAAAUUCUCCAUGCAAACCAGACAGUGAAAACUUCUUUGGGAAUGCCAAUGAAGCCAAAGGGACUCCGAGGCAAGAGGUUGCAGACAUCUACGGUUCCUAUUGCUCAGGAUUCUACUACUGAGACGCGGCCAGCUGUGAAGAAACUGGACACAUCAGCAAUCCUGGCUCAGGGUCUAGACACUUUGUUGUCUACUUCUAGGUCAGGUCAGCAACCGAGCAAGAAAAUGGAUACCAGUGUCAAUGUCACAAGGAAGAAUCCCUUGGGGACAAUUACCAACAGCCCUGUGAAGAAGGCUCCUGUAUCAGGCGCAGGUCGUGUGGAGCGGGAGAUAGGGGCCGCUCCCCUGGCAGGGCCUCAGCGUACGUUGAGUAGGGGUAAAUCACCCAAGCCAUUGAGGCCCAGGGGUAGGGCCGUGCAGGAGGAACAGAGUUCCAUCACAGAGCAGAAAGAGGAGGUGCCCGAGUGUACAACACAGUGAUGUUAUUUUGACUAAGGUGUUUAGGUGUUACCCUGUCAUUUUGCUAUCCUGAGCGUAAAACACAGUGAACGUUGAAUGAAACUGGGGUGCACAACUCUGGAUUUGCUAGUUCAGAUACAACUUCGUGACAAGGGGGCUUGUUACUUUGAGUGUCAAACUUUAUAUACAUGCUAGCCUGCAAAGUGUAUAUUGAACAACAUUUGGACCUUUGAAACUUGAGUGUGAAAUUCAUUAUUGGAAUGUAAAACACAGUGAAUAGGCCUGAUGAUUAACCUGCCUAAGUGACUGUGUUAAACCCUAUUAAAAUCAUCAAUGUAAUGUGCAGCACCAUAAACUUGCUUGUCUGGGUAUGUUGCACUGAACUAAUAUUUAAAGAUGAAUGGGCUAGGAAAAGGUGUAAACACUUUCUAGCCAGAGUGUAAGACACUGCAUUUUUGUGAGCUGAAAGUAGAUCAGGGUUAAGGAACAUGGUCAUUUCAGGACAUUAAUUUAUGAUUGAUUAAGAAUCUGGGAUUUCACUGAUGCAGGAAACAUGAGUCCCUUAGGCAAUUUUCUUGCUGGGAACCCCUUUCCAACUUACUAUGCAUCACUUAGACAACCAAAAUAAACUUGAGUUUAAGCAUUAUUUUGGGACAGCAAAAUUACCAAUAUACACCAUGAGGAUAUCAGGACCCUCAUUAGGAAAUUAUUUUGGAAAACCCCGUGUAAAAUAUAAAAAAAAUGUAAUUCAGCAUUUAUAAACCAUAUAGCAACACUAGCAAUGUGCACUGCUAAUUAAGCCAUUCAUAUGAUCUCAUUUGUUUAAAACAAGUACUUAUAAUGCUUCUGUGUUUAACUUCCUAUUUAUAUCAUACUAGUAUACAUGUAAGUAGUAAUACCUAGUGUUGCCAUAAAGGCCUGCUGCUUCCCAGUGUUGUCAUUCAUUGUACAUUCUUUGGUAACUUAUUUCAAACCUAUGUUAUGGUAAAAUGUCUUUAACUUUAUAUUAUGUAAGUGUAGUAAUUAUUCUAUUAUUUUUACUCUAUUUUUAGUUCACUAAUCGUCUAUUACACUUGUGUUAUGCUUAUUGUAAUUGUAGUGAAAAUUUGUGCUCUGUUGGAUAUUCAAAUGCCUGUAAACAUCUUUAAACAAAUAAAACCCAGCAAUUUUGUAAUAUAAGAAAAUUAAAAAUAGAUGCUGUAGUUCUAAGAGUUUUUCUGUUUCCUACCCAAGUUAUUGUUGUUUUUGUUCAUCCAAACACUGACAGAUUAGUCAACUUUGUUGUUAUUGAGUUAUUUAUUUUCUCUACACGAACUUCACAUAUUUGAUGUGCACAAUUACUAUCGAGUAUUAAUUUUCCUGCACUGGUUAGUUUUGUGUUUGUGCUUAAAUUGUUUGACUUGUUUGUUUUGACUGUUAGGUAUAAUUGUGAUGCCACGCUUGGAAGUAUGUUAUUAUGUUAUUUUAUUCAUCGGUGGUAUUGUUUGUUAGUGGGGUGGUUAUUUAUCUAUUCUGAAGGUUAUCUGAUGUACGCUUUGGAAUGCCUGGUGACCACAUAUUACCUUGGUAUCAUUUCAAAUAGUUUAAUGUGUGGAUAAAAAAUGACCAAAAACAAUAUGAAAAAAUCUAGGCUGUAUUAGCCUCAAUAGAUUGAAAAUAGGCCUUUCCAUAUCUGAUUUUGGUUGAAAUAAGGAACAGAAACUGCAAUGUCUUUAUCAAUAAUGGAGAUGUAUUUUACAUAUUAGUUGUUGGCAAGAAAUACCCUUUCCUUUCUUUUUCUGUAGAGACUGAGGACCCCUUUUAUUUGCCCCAUAAUAGGGAGCAUGAUGAAAUACCCUUUCAAAUGUUGUCAAAAUUGUAUUGGUUCAUCAGGCAUUCAAAUUGAACAUUAUUGCCAAUGCCUGAAAUAAUCGAAAAGCUCAUUGUGUACAUCAGAUAACUUCAUUGCACCAGUGCUUAUUCAUACACUUGCACCAGUACAUGUUGAACAUUUUUAUGCCCCCUUUUGAAAAAAGUGGGGUAUAUUGUUUUGCACAUGUCGGUCGGUCGGUCGGUCGGUCGGUCUGUCUGUCGGUCGGUCGGUCGGUCGGUCGGUAGGAAUACCAAAUGGUUUCCGAUCAAUAACUUGAGAACGCUUUGACCGAGGGACCUCAUACUUGGUAUGUGUAUUGGUCAUCACCAGCAGAUGAACCCUAUUGAUUUUGAGGUCAGUGGGUCAAAGGUCAAGGUCAGUGUGACCUUUACAUGAAAAACGGUUUCCGAUCAAUAACUUGAGAACGCUUUGACCCAGGAACCUCAUACUUGGUAGGUGUAUUGGUCAUGACCAGCAGAUGAACCCUAUUGAUUUUGAGGUCAGUGGGUCAAAGGUCAAGGUCAGUGUGACCUUAACAUGAAAAACGGUUUCCGAUCAAUAACUUGAGAACGCUUUGACCCAGGGACCUCAUACUAGGUAGGCUUAUUGGUCAUGACCAGCAGAUGAACCCUAUUGAUUUUGA